UAGAGAGGUGGAAGACUUUUCGACUCCGUGUGUGACUUCCACGAGUUACAUUUUGUAUUUUAAACCGGUUUUAAACGUGACGACUCGCUGAACACAUAUAAAAAAAUAUACGGACAUGUGUUAAUUUAGCGCUACUGGCAGUUUUUCCCCCCGUAAUUGCGUGUGAGUCAUUUUUUAACGAGCGUUUUUGAGAACUAACGUCCCGGGAGACAGCUCAACUGUGGGCUGGCGACCUUAUGUGGAUUUUACAGAAAAUAUGGAGCAGCUUCCCGGUGUCUCCUCGGUGAAAUCCCUAGUCGUGGUCUUCUGUUUCAUUCACCUCUCUCUGGCGCUGCAGUGUUUGAACGAUAAGGAACCUUGUGUGAACAACGCUACAUGUCUGACCUUCAGAAAUGGAACCGAAUACUGCAGGUGUGCAGCAGGGUAUCUGGGGGAGUACUGCCAUCAUAAGGACCCCUGUCAACCUGGCUCCUGCCUGAAUGGAGGGAACUGCUCUGUGUCCAUGUCAGCCGGUGUUCCUGUCCCAAACAGCGCUACCUGCUCCUGCCCUCUCGGCUACACCGGAUCACACUGCCAAACUCCCCAAAACUCCACAUGUUACCCCAAAAACCCCUGUGCCAACAAGGGGGUCUGCACCCUGCUGUCCCUCGACAAAUACAAGUGCGAGUGUGCCAGAGGAUGGACAGGAGCGCAGUGCGAGCAUGAGGACAGCUGUCUCUCCAGUCCCUGUGCCAACGGUGGACUGUGUAGCUCUCCGUCUGCUGGGAGCUACGCAUGCUCCUGUCCUCCUGGCUACUCCGGUCCCCGCUGCCUCAACGACACAAACGAAUGUGCAGCCACACCCUCUAUAUGCCAGAACGAAGGAGUAUGCUUCAACAUCCCUGGCUCCUACAAGUGUACCUGCACACCAGGGUUUACAGGCAGACACUGUGAGAGCUCCUACAUCCCCUGCUCCCCCUCACCAUGCCUGAAUGGAGGCACCUGCCACCAGAACUCUGACAUCAGCUACUCCUGCCACUGCCUUCCAGGUUUCAACGGGACUAACUGUGAGAACAACAUCGACGACUGCCCCGGUCAUCAGUGUGCCAACGGGAACUGUAUGGACGGGGUCAACACCUACAACUGCCAGUGCCCUCCAGAGUGGACCGGUCAGCACUGCACAGAAGAUGUGGAUGAGUGUUGUCUGCAGCCAAACACUUGCCAGAACGGAGGAACCUGCAGCAACCUGUUUGGCAGCUACGUGUGUGUGUGUGUAAACGGCUGGAGUGGACCCGACUGCUCGGAAAACAUCGACGACUGCGCUACAGCUUCGUGCACCCCGGGCUCCACGUGCAUCGACCGCGUGGCGUCUUUCAUCUGUCUCUGCCCCUACGGAAAGACAGGUCUGCUUUGCCACAGAGAUGACGCCUGCAUCAGUAACCCGUGCCGAGAGGGAUCUCAGUGUGACACCAACCCCAUCAGUGGCAUGUUCAACUGCAACUGUCCACCAGGAUACGUUGGCAACACCUGCAACAGCGACCGUGACGAAUGCAGCAUCGGCACCAACCCUUGUGAGCACGGUGGUCAAUGUGUGAACACAGACGGCUCCUUCACAUGUAAUUGUGUUAGAGGCUACGCCGGGCCACGCUGUGAGCAAGAUGUCAAUGAGUGUGCUUCAAACCCCUGCCAGAACGACGGCACGUGUCUGGAUCGAAUUGGGGACUACUGCUGCAUCUGCAUGCCCGGAUUUGAGGGGAUCCACUGUGAGAUUGAGGUGGAUGAGUGCCUCAGCUCACCCUGUCUGAACCAGGGGAAAUGUCUGGACCAGGUCAGCCGCUUCGUCUGCGAGUGCCCAGCAGGCUUCAGCGGUGAAAUGUGCCAGAUAGACAUAGAUGAGUGUUCCAGCACACCCUGUUUAAACGGAGCCAAGUGUAUCGACAGACCCAACGGAUAUGAUUGUGAAUGUGCUGAAGGCUUCAUGGGUCUACUGUGUGAGGAGAACAUCAAUGACUGCGUACCAGAGCCGUGCCACCAUGGUGUGUGUAAAGACGGCAUUGCCACCUUCUCCUGUGAGUGCGAUCCCGGAUACGUGGGCUCCAUCUGUAACAUCCAGGUCCAGGAGUGCCACAGCAACCCAUGUCAGAACCGAGGGCGCUGCGUUGACCUGGUCAAUGCGUACCAGUGUAACUGCUCACCGGGAACCACAGGGGUGAACUGUGAGAUCAAUGAGGACGACUGUGCCAGCAACCCCUGUAAGUCUGGAGUGUGCCACGAUGGAAUCAACGAGUACAAGUGUGUGUGCCCCUCCGGAUACACAGGACAUAAAUGUGACCUGGAGAUCAACGAGUGUAACUCAAACCCGUGUAUGAGUGGGGGGACAUGCGUGGACAAGGUCAACGGGUUCCACUGCGUGUGCCCCCCCAAUACCCACAGCCCCUUGUGCCUCUCUGGGACCGACCAUUGUGCUCCUCAGCCCUGUGCGCACGGAGAGUGUGUUGAACAGCAACACGGAUACCAUUGUGAGUGUGAAGCUGGCUGGGUGGGAGAACACUGUGAGCAGGAAAAGGACGAGUGCCAGCCAAAUCCGUGCCAUAACGACGGCACCUGUGUGGACGGACACAAGGGAUUCACGUGCAUGUGCCACCCUGGAUUCGGAGGUGCAAACUGUGAGAAGAACAUCGAUGAAUGUGCAUCCGGGCCCUGUAAGAACCAAGGCAUUUGUAUCGAUGGAGUCAACAGUUAUGCCUGCCAGUGUAGUCCGGCAUACACAGGCAAACACUGUGAGAUGGAACAGGCUCCCUGCGACCCUAAUCCAUGUGAGAGGGGAGGGGUGUGCCAUCCAUCUGCAGACUACACCUCUUACACCUGCCGAUGCCCUGCUGGCUGGGAAGGUACACGCUGCAAGGACGAUGUGAAUGAAUGCAAAAUGAACCCGUGCAAAAAUGGCGGUAACUGCGUGAACAACCAGGGCAGCUACACGUGUAAAUGUCUUCCGGGAUACAGCGGACACAACUGUCAGAUAGACAUUGACGACUGUUCACCAAACCCGUGCCUGAAUGGAGGCUCUUGUGUGGACGAUGUCGGGAGUUUCUCUUGUGACUGCCGCCCGGGCUUUGAAGGGGAGCGGUGUGAGACGGAGGUGGACGAGUGUGCCAGCCAGCCCUGCAGGAACGGUGCCAUCUGCCGGGACUAUGUCAACAGUUUUGUGUGCGAGUGCCGACCGGGCUUUGAUGGAAUCUUGUGUGAACACAACAUCCUUGAAUGUACUGAGAGUUCCUGUCUGAAUAAUGGGACUUGCAUAGAUGACAUCAACCACUUCUCCUGCCGAUGCCGCCCUGGCUUUUACGGGACGUUCUGUGAGUUCGAGCAGAAUGAGUGCGACUCUCAGCCGUGUAAGAAUGGAGGCACCUGCACUGAUGGCCUUGGAACGUACCGCUGCACCUGUCCCGUGGGAUACAAUGGGCAGAACUGCCAGACCAUGGUGAACCUUUGCAGCCAGGUGCGCUGUCACAACAGCGGCACCUGCUCACAGACAUCCAAGACCUGGACCUGCCACUGUCAGAUGGGGUGGAGUGGACUCUACUGCGAUGUCCCCAACAUGUCCUGCCAGGACUUUGCUGCCAGGAAUGAUCUUGAAGUUGAAAAUGUGUGCAAGAACGCCGGGCGGUGCGAGAAUGUGGGUAAUGCUCACCGGUGUCAGUGCCAGCCAGGAUACACGGGCAGCUACUGUGCUGAGAUGGUCGAUGAGUGCCAGUCAAACCCUUGUCGGAACGGAGCUACAUGCAAGGACUACCAGGGCACAUAUGAGUGUAUAUGUAAACCCGGCUACCAGGGCGUGAACUGUGAAUAUGAUGUUGAUGAAUGCCACUCUCGUCCCUGCCUGCACGGAGGGACAUGUAUCAACCUCAUCAAUCGCUUCACCUGCGCCUGCCCACCUGGAACGCAUGGGAUCGUGUGCGAGGUGAACGUGGACGACUGCGCCCCCAAGCCUGGCUCCUUUGAACCUCGCUGUCUGAAUCGAGGACAGUGUGUGGACGGUGUGGGCCGCUACACAUGCUCCUGCCCUCCAGGAUUCGUUGGAGAGCACUGCGAGGGGGAUCUCAAUGAAUGCCUGUCCGCGCCCUGCCACGCCCCCGGCAGCCUGGACUGUGUGGAGCUGGUCAAUGACUACCAGUGUCGCUGUCGCCUUGGAUACACAGGUCGUCAUUGUGAGUCCAUGGUGGAUCUUUGUCUGUCCAAGCCGUGCCACAACGGCGGCUUCUGCUCUAUGAACAUGAGCUCAGUACAUGGCUACACCUGCUCCUGUGUUUCCGGCUUCACUGGGUUCAACUGUGGCGAAAUGGAGGGCUACAGCUGUACAAAGCUACGUUGCCAGAACGGUGGGAGUUGUUUGGAGUCACCCAGGGGCCACCUGUACUGCCAGUGCCAGGACGGCUUCAGCGGACCCCACUGUGAGAACGAACAGAGGUGUCCAUGGACCUGCCAGCACGGAGGAACCUGCAUCAAAGACCCGGCCAACUCAUUCCACUACAAAUGCCAGUGUCCAAUGUACGUCACUGGACGAUACUGCGAGAACAAACCCAGCGUGCUAGGCACACCGAUCUGCCCCUAUGUGCAGUGUGCACACAAACGAGGGGAUAGCGUGUGUGACGGCCAUUGUAACAACCAUGAAUGUCAGUGGGACGGAGGCGACUGCUCGCUCAAGUGGCCGCAGCCUUGGGAAAACUGCACCGCCAGUAUUCCCUGCUGGGAUCUCUUCAAGAAUGGAAAAUGUGACAAGGCGUGCAACAACGCUGGGUGCCUCUUUGACGGCUUUGAUUGCAUGAAAACCACACCUACCUGCAAGUAUGACAAGUACUGCGCAGAUCACUUUGGGAACGGUGUCUGUGACAAGAGCUGCCACACAGAGGCUUGCGGCUUUGACGGCCUCGACUGCUCGGCUGACGUUCCCCCUAAAGAUGUGGUUGGAACGCUGGUCGUCGUGGUCCGGCUGCAGCCUAAGGAGCUGCUCGGAGACCUGAAGGGUUUCCUGCGGUCCCUGGGAUCCGUGCUGCACACCAACCUGCGAGUGAAGCUGGAUGACAAUAGGCAGCUGAUGGUGUACUCUUACUAUGGAGAUGUGCACGGACAACUUAAACAGCUGGAGAGGAGAAAGCGGGAGCUGGAGAGGGAGGUUAUUGGAUCUGUGGUGCACCUGGAGCUCGAUAACCGUGAAUGUGUGCAGACCUCCAACAACUGUUUCUCCGACACCAACGAGACCGCCAGGUUCCUUGCAGCGUCUCAAAUCAAGUCUGAUUUCCCUUACCCCCUGGUGUCUGUUGACAGUAAACCGUCAGAUCCACCACGGCCACCGAUUGAGUGGAUCCUGGUCGGAGUGGCAGUGGUUAUUAUCCUGCUCAUCCUGGUGCUGGGGAUGCUGGCCGCCAAGAGGAAGCACAAACACGGUCACCUGUGGCUGCCCGAUGGCUUCUCGGCCAAUAAGAACGAUAAAAGGAGAGAGCCUGUCGGUCAGGAUGACCUUGACAUGAAGAAUUUCAAGACCCCAGAUGGAGCCAUGAUUGAUGGAGGUCAGAGUCAGGGAUGGCUGGAAGAUGAGGUCCCAUCCAAGAAACAAAGAACUGAAGACAAACCCCUGCUGCCCAUUGCUAUGGAUGGAGGUGUUGACCGCAGGGAGUGGACCCUGCAGCAUCGCAAGGCUGCGGACAUCUCCCUCACCCCCCCACAGGCCGACCUGGAUGCUGACUGUCUGGAUGUUAAUGUCAAAGGACCUGACGGCUUUACACCUCUGAUGUUGGCCUCGCUGCGUAACGGCGGAGGCCCUGACUGCAGCCUGCAUGGAGAAGAGGAGGAAGAGAGUGGAGGAGAUGAACCAGGACCCAGUGUGAUUUCAGACCUCAUCUCUCAGGGUGCGUCUUUGAUGGCACAGACCGAUCGCACAGGAGAAACGGCUCUCCACCUGGCUGCCCGCUACGCCCGCGCUGAUGCUGCUAAGAGACUGCUGGACGCUGGAGCCGAUCCCAAUGCGCACGACAACAUGGGCCGAACGCCACUGCACGCUGCUGUGGCGGCUGAUGCCCAGGGAGUCUUUCAGAUUUUGAUUCGUAACCGUGCAACAGAACUAGAUUCCCGGAUGAAUGACGGCACUACUCCCCUGGUGCUGGCAGCAAGGCUGGCUGUGGAGGGCAUGGUGGAAGAGCUGAUCCACUGCCACGCUGACAUCAAUGCUGUGGAUGACCACGGCAAAUCCGCUCUGCACUGGGCAGCUGCAGUUAAUAAUGUGGAGGCCACUCUGGUGCUUUUGAAGAAUGGAGCCAACCGUGACAUGCAAGACAAUAAGGAGGAGACGCCACUCUUUCUGGCAGCCAGAGAGGGCAGCUUUGAGGCGGCUCAGGUUCUCCUCGACCAUUACUCCAACCGGGACAUCACCGACCACCUGGACAGGCUGCCCCGCGACACAGCUCAAGAGCGCAUGCAUCACGACAUCGUGCGUCUGCUGGACCAGUACAACCUGGUUCACAGCCCACACAACGGCCCUAACCACAUGGGCGGAGGAAACUCCUCGGUGAUGUGCGGGGCCAACGGAGCCGGCUAUAUCGGCAUGCGCCCCGGGCCGCAGGGGAAGAAGAACAGGAGGGGUGGAGGUGGAGCAAAGGUGGGGGGUGCAGCUGGCAAUGCUAAGGAGCUAAAAGACAUGAAAGCAAAGAGAAGAAAGAAGCCGGCCGGAGGAGAGGCGCCAGCUGCAGGGGCUGGAGCGGGGGGAGGAACAGCGGGAGGAACAGCGGGAGGGAAUGCAAACGGCGUUAAGGCAGCAGGACUUCCAGAGAGCUCCGUCACCAUGUCACCCGUCGACUCCCUGGAAUCACCGCACUCAUACACGGGAGACGUAUCCGGCGCCGUCUCCACCACAGCCAACUCCCCACCCCUCCUGAGCAGCCCCACCUCCAGACCCAUGCUGCCCCCCGUCAGCCACAUGCUGGGCCAGCAGCAGAGCUGGGUGCCCAUGACCAAGCACGGCUACAGCGGCCACAUGUUCGGCCUGGUGCCGCACCAGAUGGGGGGGUCACACUCCGGCCUGGGCCAACACCACGGCCAGGGCGCCAUGCUGACUCCCAUGAAUGUCACCAUGAGCAGGGAGCAGCUGCCGCCCAUCGUCACGUUCCAGAUGAUGGCGCCCGGGGGAGGCCAGGCCAUGCUGAAGCAGCCUCAGCAGGGGCCGGUCCCUCAGUCCCAGGGGCCGAACCAGAGCCAGGCUCACUCCCAGCAGGGGCCAGGCCAGAUGCGGUGCUCCCAGGGCCUCAUGUACCAGAUGCCCGAGCAGAUGAGCAUGGGCCACGGGAUGUCCCACGCCAUGCAGCACCCCCACACCGUUGGCCAUGGGGGCCACGGGGGGAUUGAGGGCCAGUCACGGCAGCUGCCCUCCUAUCCACCCAUGCAGAGCCCUGUGGAUAAAUACCCCACUCCCCCCUCCCAGCACAGUUUCACCACCACCGGCUCGGAGGGCACCACCCCCGGCCACUCCGCCCACCCGCCCAGCGAGCACCCGUAUCUCACGCCGUCGCCCGAGUCCCCAGACCCCUGGUCGUCCUCUUCGCCGCACUCCAACUCGGACUGGUCUGAUGUCACCACCAGCCCCACCCCUCUGGGGAACCCCCACCACGCACUGCCGUCUUCACACCGCACACACAUUCCAGAGCAGGCGCAGCUGCAGCCGCAGUCGCAGCAGAUGCAGCCGGCCGGCCAGCAGCCGCAGCACGGCAACAUGCAGGUGUUUGCGUAGGCCGGUCGGAGGGAAGCAUAGACAGACUGACUUUGGGGGGGGGGGGGUUCUGUGUAUCUCGUACGAUGCUUUUCUUACGUCUCGUUAAUUCUGUUUUUCAUUAUAAUAAUCUCCCCCUUUAUGUUUUCUUCUCCUCUUUGCACUUAAGAAAACUGUUGUAUAGUUUCUAAAUUGAGUAUUAUCAGCUAGAUGUCACAAGUUCUCAAUACCAAAAAGCAUGCCGUUAGCUGUCUCUACUUCCUGUGAUCCCAGCCGAGCAUCCUCUGCUCUCUGCUGGCCAAGUCAAGACUUUUCUUUUGGGCUUUUCGCACCCAAACACAAACUGUUUAUCGAGGGAUCAACGAGGAAGUGCCGACCAGAUGGCGACCGGCUUUUAUUGCUUCAGAGAAACAGACUGUUGAGAUGACACUGAGACGUGGCAGAGGACAGUCUGAACUGAAACUGUCUGCUUUGGAGGUCAUUUUCUUUCCGCUGUACGCUAUCCUAAUGUGUUGUUUAAUGUGAUAAGCCUGUCAAUACUAACUCAUCGUCGCAACCCUUGACACAUACGAUGACUCAGUUGAUGCUUUAACUCAGCAAAACUACCUAGUUGUUGCUUCUUCUUUUUGUUAGAUCAUGCAUUGUUUAAAUGUGCUAAAGGGGGAAUUUUAUAAAUGUUGCAUUACUAAAAAGACAAACAUCACAUAAAUUACAGAUUAUGUAUAAAUGCACACGGAUGCAUCUUGUUACUAAAUGGCUCUACACGCUAACGACUUACAUGUUUUUUUACUCCAUUGAUGAUAGAAGUGUUUUCCAUCAAAUGUCUAAACACACAGAAGGUUUAAUAAAUGCAGACCAGUGUAUGUUGUAAAGGUAGUUACUGUUACAGAAAUGCAAAAGAGUUGAUUUGAAAACCAAAUCAGAGUCGAUGUGGAUGCAGUUAUAUCAUGUCUUGCUACAGAUGGUGCCACUAUAUCUCAUGUGUUGUUGAGGGAUUAAUUAAGCUUGACAAACUUUAUGCAAAAACAUACAGUAGUUGUAGUAUGUUAUGUGAUGAAAUGUACAUAGACUUACAGCACAUUCUGCUUGUUAUUACUGAGUUCGGUUUUGCAAAGACAUGUUGUUAAAAUGUUUUUUUAUAUGAAAUCUGUUCGCACUUCUCGAAUGAUUCUGAAUGUUACAGAGGUGCACGUUUUUAUCUUUAAACCGCCUCCUUGCUAAAUGUUUUUCUCUCUUCCCAAAUCAUUUAACCAGUUUUGCCUUUUUGCUUAACUACAAUCAGUGUAUCUCUGCACCUUUUUAAUUGUAAUGAUUCAUAAACCAAGUCAGGAGGGGAGUAAGGUGUGUUAAAGUAUUUUUGUUUUUGUCUUCCUUCUUAACGUUGAUCAUGGUGUGACUGCUCUGUAAACGCAGACAAUCAUUCACUGUUUUUUUUUUUUUUUAAACCUUAAAAAAAAAGGAACAUCAGUGUCUUUUAAGACCAAGUUAUUCUUAUUUUUUUUACAAAUAAAUGUCCAAAUUUGUAUUAGUAGUUGCCUUUGUUUCGGCUAUUUUUGUGAUUUGUAAAAGACAAUAGUUAGACGAGUAGCAUUCACAUCCAUUACCAAGAAAUUAUGUUUUAAUUACUACUGCAAGUGUCUGUGUAAGCAAACCAAAAUGUCCAUCAUAUACCCACUAACUCACAUGCAAAUCAGGGUCUUUUAAUCUGUCCCUGAAGUUUCACAAAACACAUGUACUGUACAUUCAAGUGUCAUCCAGCAUUUUUAUACGAAUUGAGCAUCUCAGUUCCCGUUCAUAUGCAAACCCAUGCCUCUAUUUUCUGUAUAUAAAAUGUUCUUUUUUUAUUGUACUUUCCUCUGUUAACCAAAUAGCCUAUAAUAUACAUGCCAUAUGAAGUAGUUGUUUGUUUAAGGUAGAAGAACUAAUGAAAAAACAAGUUGUCCUUUUGUCAAAGAAACCAAAUGAUCAACCAAAUAUGCUUACUGAAAUAAAGCCCAGAUCUUCAUAGA